GGGCGAGGAAGAGGAGAAAGGAGGAGGAAGGAGGAGGAGGAGCAGGGGGCUGCCGCCGGUCCCCGCCGCCGUUCCGCGGAGGGCAGCUCGGGGCGAUGCAGGGCUUCGUCAGGCUGUGAGCGCCCCGCCGCCGGCAGCCCGAGCAGCAGCAGCAGCAGCAGGAGGAGGAGGAGGAGGAGGAGGAAGGGGAGGGAGCGUGGCGGAGCGCCGCGCACAGAAGGCGGGAGCGGGGCUGCCCCGGUGCCCGCCCCGCGCGGGGGGCCGGCCCCUGAGUGCAUGCGGGGCGCCCCGCCGGGCCGCCGCCGGCCCCAAGCCGCCCGCCGCUGAGAGCCCGGCGGCGAGCGAGUCCCGGGCGGGCGGUCGCCCACAUGCGCGGCCCCAGCCCGCGGCUUGGGGAACGGCGCCGAGCGGAGGCGGGCGAGGGGAGCUGGAAGCGGCCGGCGACGACGGCAGCGGGAAGAUGGCGGAGCGGCGGAGGAGCUGAGAGCGGCGCCCGGAGCAGUGGGGCCGCCCCCGCAGCCUUCCUCCGCAGCCCCCCGGACCCCCCGGCGGCCACAUGCAGGCCAAAAAACGCUACUUGACGCUGCUCUCCGCCGCCACCUGUCUCGCCCUGCUGCUCUACCUCGGAGGCGUGCAGCUGCGGGCAGCCCGCGCCCCGCCGCCCGCCGGCCGGCAUGGGGCUGCCCCGCGGCCCGGCAGCGAGCAGCGGCCCUGGCCCCGCUUCCCCGACGCCCUCCGCUCCUUCGGGGAGCCGGAGGGGGCCGGGGGGGGCGGCGGGGCCGGCCGGGUGUCGCCCCGGCAGCGGCGGGACGGCAGCGCCGGGCUGUACCGCGGGCGGCGGUGCCGCAUGGAGUCCUGCUUCGACUUCGGCCUUUGCCAGAAAAACGGCUUCAAGGUCUACGUGUACCCGCAGCAGAAAGGGGAGAAGAUCGCCGAGAGCUACCAGAACGUGCUGGCGGCCAUCGAGGGCUCCCGCUUCUACACCUCCGACCCCAGCCAGGCGUGUCUCUUCGUCCUCAGCCUGGACACGCUGGACCGGGACCAGCUCUCCCCGCAGUACGUGCACAACCUCCGCUCCAAAGUGCAGAGCCUCCACUUGUGGAACAAUGGUCGCAAUCACUUGAUUUUUAAUUUAUAUUCCGGCACCUGGCCCGACUACACCGAGGACGUGGGCUUCGACAUCGGCCAGGCCAUGCUGGCCAAAGCCAGCAUCAGUACUGAAAACUUCAGACCCAAUUUUGAUGUUUCUAUUCCGCUCUUUUCUAAGGAUCAUCCUAGGACAGGAGGGGAGAAGGGAUUUUUGCGGUUUAACACCAUCCCUCCUCUCAGGAAGUACAUGUUGGUAUUCAAGGGGAAAAGGUACCUGACAGGGAUAGGGUCAGACACCAGGAAUGCCUUAUAUCACGUCCAUAACGGGGAGGAUGUUGUCCUCUUGACCACCUGCAAGCAUGGCAAAGACUGGCAAAAGCACAAGGAUUCGCGCUGCGAUAAAGACAACACCGAAUACGAAAAGUAUGAUUACCGUGAAAUGCUGCACAAUGCCACUUUCUGUCUGGUUCCCCGUGGCCGCAGGCUUGGCUCGUUCAGGUUUCUGGAAGCCUUGCAGGCUGCCUGCGUGCCCGUGAUGCUCAGCAAUGGAUGGGAGCUGCCCUUCUCGGAAGUGAUUGAUUGGAAGCAGGCUGCCGUCAUCGGGGAUGAGAGAUUGCUAUUACAGAUUCCUUCUACAAUCAGGUCUAUCCAUCAGGAUAAAAUCCUAGCACUUAGACAGCAGACACAGUUCUUGUGGGAGGCUUAUUUUUCUUCAGUUGAGAAGAUUGUAUUGACUACACUAGAGAUUAUUCAGGACAGAAUAUUUAAGCACAUAUCACGUAACAGCUUAAUAUGGAACAAACAUCCUGGAGGGUUAUUUGUACUGCCACAGUAUUCCUCAUAUCUGGGAGAUUUUCCUUACUACUAUGCGAAUCUCGGUCUGAAGCCUCUCCCCACGUUCACUGCCGUUAUCCAUGCAGUAACUCCCCUGGUUUCCCAGUCUCAACCUGUGCUGAAACUCCUGGUUGCUGUAGCCAAGUCCCAGUACUGUGCAAAGAUCAUUGUCUUAUGGAAUUGUGAUAAACCCCUCCCAGCCAAACACCGCUGGCCUGCCACUUCUGUGCCUGUCAUAGUCAUUGAAGGAGAGAGCAAGGUUAUGAGCAGUCGCUUCCUACCCUACGACAACAUAGGGACAGAUGCAGUGCUAAGCCUGGAUGAGGACACCGUGCUUUCAACCACUGAGGUGGAUUUUGCCUUUACAGUUUGGCAGAGUUUUCCAGAGAGGAUCGUAGGGUACCCUGCUCGCAGUCACUUCUGGGACAACACUAAGGAGAGGUGGGGCUAUACCUCCAAGUGGACUAAUGACUAUUCCAUGGUAUUGACAGGAGCUGCUAUUUACCACAAAUAUUAUCACUACCUGUACACUCAUUACCUGCCUGCCAGCCUAAAGAAUAUGGUGGACCAACUGGCCAAUUGUGAGGACAUUCUAAUGAAUUUUUUGGUGUCAGCUGUGACAAAAUUGCCUCCAAUCAAAGUAACACAGAAAAAACAGUAUAAGGAGACCAUGAUGGGACAGACGUCCCGGGCCUCGCGCUGGGCUGACCCUGACCACUUCGCCCAGCGGCAGAGCUGCAUGAACACUUUCGCCAGCUGGUUUGGCUAUAUGCCGCUGAUCCACUCUCAGAUGAGGCUCGACCCUGUCCUCUUUAAAGACCAGGUCUCCAUCCUGAGAAAGAAGUACCGAGACAUUGAACGACUCUGAGGAGCGCUGCCGAGGGGGCCGAGCCAGCCCCAGCCCCGCCUGGAGCCAGACUGUGCCACGGCACGGCCGUACCCAAAAAACGGCGAGCGGCGCCCGGGGGCGCGCGGCUCCGGACUGCUUCACCCGCCUGGCAGGCUUCUGUUGCUCACGACUAGGUUGUGUACAGUUUCAUUAUGGAACAUUAAAUAAUUAUUUUUGAAAUGAUUGCUAUGCAGGUUUAAACUUUUUUAAUGAUCAAAAAAAAAACUAUUAAAAACAGAGUUCUUUCUUUAAUCAAAAUUGUGUUGGUUGUGAAUAUUUCAAAGCUGCCAUUUCUUUCUUUCAUGCGUUUGAUUGUCAUUGCAAUUUUCAUUCAUUUUCCCCUGCAAAGUUAAAUGCUUGAAUCUCACAGGGAGGAAAUGCAGCAGUUUCAGAAACGAACUGAGCACAAUCAGGACAGAAAUGAAGUAUUAUGUUUCUCCUUUACUGCUGACUUUUUAAUAUUUUGUUUCUCCGUUUUCCGAAAACUGGAGAGAGAGCCCCCAGUGAGUGAUGCGCGAGCGUAGAUCCUGCUGGCGGGGGGCCCGUGUUGGAGCACACCCGGACCUGCUCUGAGCGGGGAGAGGAACAGCCCUGCUGAGGAGCAGACUGCCGGCGCUUGCUGCUUCUGGCAGCAGAGCCUCAUUCCUCAUGGCCCUGCCAGUGGGUGACCACGGCACGGCCGGUGUGGGGCACACGCAGCCCGCCUGAGCCACUGCUGCUGCCUGGCCACAGCAGCCGAGCCUCUAGAAAUAGCUUUGUGUUGAGGGCAAGAGGGAUGUUGGCAAAAAAAGGAAGCAUGUUAGUGCUUGCAACACAGGAAUUUGGCCUGUAAUGAAGUGUUUUAAACGAAAUCGAAUGCCGGGCUUUUCUUAUUUUAUAUUUUUGGUGCAAAUAAGUGGAGAAAUUCCCUCCUGGAGUUCUGACGCCUGAAGUAAAGUGCAUUGUCAGAUUAUCGGUGCUGGCAGCAGUGGGUUCUCCCAGACUUGCUUGAGGCACGGUAACUUGGGCAAGAGCCUGCCCCAAAAAUACCAGCGUUGCUCACACUCCAAAAUGGUUUUAUCAUUUCAGAUGGACGUAUUUUUUAAGUGAACGUAUUCCAGUUGUUUACUUCUUUGUACUGCUUUGCUUAUUUAUGUGCUUCUUUAAAUUGAAGAAUGAAAACGGAAGUGGUGAUCUGGGUCAGGAAGGUGCUGUUAUGGUUUGCUAAGACAAUAAGCACUUUAAAAACAUUUCAAAAUCUCAUAUUUUUAUGAGGUGCGUUGGGGCGUCCUGUAACAAUAGGCACCCUGAGAGCUCUGCUGGAGUCGCAGCAAGAGGGCGUAGCAUCAUGCUCACACUACAGACCAGUAAGCCUUUCUAUACCUCAUUCCUUUGCAUCCAGGCUGUCCCAGGGGUGAAGAGUAGCUGCAGAAAUAGGAAGGAUGGACCAGAAUUAUGUUUCAUUCAGGCUCAAGCACUGGCUUCCUACGCGGCUUUAAGCAACUCCCAUAACCAAGGCAUGCCUCAGAUCCUUGUUUGUAAAAGUAAUAGUUAUUGGUAUUAGAGGGAAUGCCAUAAAGCCUAAACAUUUUUUCUUGUGAUGGAAAGAUCAAGAUCCCUAGCCUGAAAGUUGCUUUAAAACUGCAAAGUACAUAUUACUAAAUGUUUGUAUGCAAUUUGGCAUGUAAAGACUUGCAAAGAGAGAUUCGCUUUGCAUAUGUAUUGCAGUAUUUGAACAGAGCACAGCGAGUUAGGGCAGGAACAUCAGGUUCCUGACAUUUUGUGUUAAAUCUGAACCAAAUCUUUAAAGGAAUCUGCCAAAACACGUGUGAGACUGCAGCCAGUGACUAACUGCUGCUGAAAGGAAGAGGUGCCACAUUCCCCCGCUCCCCACCCCUGGCCAUGCAGUCUCGCCUCACACCUUCUGCCACUGUGGUGCCCUCCCGAUGCUCCCUGUGAGCCCAUCUAACUAAAGUCACAGAAAACUGACCAUUUGCUCCAUUUUUAAUGCCAUUUUAGAGAGUUAAGUCAGUAUGUGGAGAGAGGCAAGAGCAGGUAGAUGGGGACGGGGAGCAGGAUAUCUACCUGUCUUUGUAUAGUGAGCUGCUCCUUCAGCUCCCCACGUCCCAUAAAGCAGCUCCUGUGCCAUUUUGUCCUCUUGAGAAUCAGGCAGCUCUUCCAGGGACUGGAAUACAUCUUCUCAGACAGUUUUUGGAGCUUGUGUCAGACUCUGGAUGAGGUGGGCAGCAGUCAUGCUUUGCUCAUGGCCUGGCCUGGGGGCAGGUUCGUAGAUGUGCCCACAGGAGCGCCUGCAGCUCGGGAAGUAGCUACUGGUCUAGGGCGAGCAUGGAGAGGGAAAGAGGGGAUCCUAUAAAAAACAAGUCAUAAUUCUGCUUAGUUAGUGCCAUUUGGGGGCACAUGGGUAGGGUUUUGAGUAACGGGAGCAGCCAACCUGUUUUGGAGUGCAGCGAGAAAGGCCGUUUGACAUUCUGUUACCAUCGCUUUUUGGGGUGGCUGAAAGAGACCAUGCUAAAGCUCGCUCUGAACGCGGUUCGAGGUCCUUUCUGUUUACAGAUCGCUAAUUAAACAAGAAGCAAUGGCAGGGUUAGCUCCAGAAGGGAUCAGGAUAGUUAGGCACAUUCCUCUCUGCAGUAGGUUACCCGGGCAUGACCAUCUCUCUAGGAAGGCAUGCGCCUCGUGGCCGGUAGGAGAAUGGCCAUAGGUCUGCGUCCGUGGCCUGGGCCCCAUGGGAAGAGCUGGACGCAGAUGCAGCGUAGAGACUCGGCGUGUUACACUCGGUGUGGAUGCUAUCAGCGGGUGCUCCUGCGGACACUAGGCGUGCUUCCAAGUCUCCUGUGCGUGUCUGUGUCGGAUAGAGCCGUGUUGUUCCUUUAGUGAGUGAAAUCACCCUUUUAUCACAUCCUAUGUGCGAGUUAAUGGUUCUUUGUCCUUCCCCACCCCCCCCUUAAUUCAGAUGGUGCUGAAACAAGGUUCACUCCUUGUUGCUCCUUUUGUAUUUUUUAUUAUAAUUUCCUUUUCUUAUUUUAUUUUAUUUUCAUUAACAGCAGGCUAUGUUAGCCUUUACUUUACAGGUACUUGAAUGCCUGAUGACUUGACUGAGUGUUAUGCAUGUGGCCUUUUGUAAAGGUUACUGACCUUAAUUUAAUCAGGGGUGAGAUGGAUGGAUGAAUGUGAACAGAUCCAUGCCAUUAAAACAGAGUAAAAAUAGGGAUUAGAGUUUGGGAGAAAUUAUGAAUUUUUAAUUGAAUUUAUUAAAGGGGAAAAAAAAGAAAAAAAGAAAAAGAAAGAAAGAAACCCUCCCCAGUUAUAAUAUGAAUGAGAUCUCUUGCUGGAGGAGGGUUUCACAAUGAGAAAAAUGAGACACAAAACCAGGGGCAAAUUUCCAAGAUAGAAAGUGCCUGGCUCUCCAUGCAGUCCCUUGGGUCUGUACAAGAUUUUAUUUGCCCUCUUUCUAUGUUGUGAAAAACUCAAGUUAUCACCGUAACUUUUUCCAAAGGUGAAUGUUUAAGCUAUGCUCCAAUUUCAUAACGAACACAGUGGUGUGCUAAUGCAUGGCUAUCGAACGCUUUGAUCUUUUCCAUUUGAAAACACCAUGGAUUUGAUCGCCUUCAGAUUUCAAUUUCUUUUGUAGAAGCAACUUUGACAAAGGAAUUAAUCUUUCACCAGUGAGCGCCUUUUAAAAUAGCUCAUUUACCAAAAGAUGUCAUUUCAAGAACGGAAGUAAUCAUUUGACACUGAAACAAUAAAAACCAGUGUGAAGUAGACUAGUUUUAUUUGUUAAUUCUUUAAGUUCCCAGUGUAAGAAACGGUGUCUUCCUCUUUCUCUCUCUCCCCACAUAUCCCAAAUCAAAGGCUACUCGGUGUUUGUCAAAAUACCUGUAUUGAUGGACAGCAAUUUCAUUAAUUCCCCCAGUUAAACGUGCUCUCACAGCACAGGGGGGGAUUGGUGUUUGGUCUUUUUUCCAGGCUGACUCAGAAAUACAGAAAUUUAGGGGUGUCAUCCUGACAGGGUCGUUUUUCAUGGGCUUUAGUGGGACCUGGCAGGAACGGGCCUGUGGUCUCCUGCCUCACGUGGGCCUUAGCUGGCGUCUGCUGGAAACAAAACUGCAUCUUCCAAAGUUUUGUACAUCUCACCCUUGUUUAAAACCAAGUCAAGCUGGCCUUUAUACCACUUUAUUCUAACUGUCUUCACACACAUUUCUAAAGUUGGAGUUAAAUUAGGGGGGUCAAUGGGAAUCAUCAGAGGCUUUGGGAUGCCCCCUCCCACCUUUUCAUGAUUUUUUUAGUGACUCUUUCUCAGUGGGUUAGUGAUGAUCCAGUGGGCCCUGUGGCCUUGUACAUAAUCCUGUAUAUUUAUUUUGAGAGACAAUAUGUAUAGUGUUUGGAUGAUGAGAAUGGAAACAUGAAAUGGGAAUUCUUAGGUGGGAAAAUGUAAAGCAAAAAAAA